GAACAGCUAAGAGAUACUACAUCCUUCCUUUGGGAGUAUCACUCGUUCGUCCUUUACUUGACACGAUAGUUCUUCUCGACUGUUCCACCCAAGGCUCUGUUUAUGGAACACCUUAACCAUUACUCCUCCAGCGACUCUGACUCUGACGAACCAAACGUGCCUGUUCAGCCUCUGCGCAAAAGAAAGCUUCCUCCAGUUGCCCCUGAACUCCUUGACAAGUUUGCCAAAUCUCCUAGAAUCUCCACAUCUGAUAUUCCGGCCAUGAACCGUGGUAACUCGCGAUCCAAGUCCUUCCUCCACGCGUCCAAGUUCUGGCACAGUUUCUGUUUUCUCGAGUGGACCCCCACCAGAGAGCAACGCAGUCGCCUUCUCCCACUUUCCCAACACCUAACCUCCUACAUCAGCAACACCAAGACACGAUUUUCCCACUGUGAGUGGCAAUCGAACUUGAUAAAUACCUUGGGCUCGCACCUUCCACUUCAUGUGUCACUCUCUGACACGCUCUUACUAAAAAACCAGCAGCCUGAAACCUUCAUUAAGCACAUCCGCCAGGGCUUACGAGAGUUGAAGGUGGUUCCAGAUGGUAAAGGUGUUAUUUCAAAUGAAAUAUCUAUAAGAUUUAAUACCCAGCCGAAAGUGUACACUAAUCAAUUUGGAAACAAACUCUUCUUGGCCAUCGCGUUGGAUGGACCUUCUACUGAAAAGCUCGCCCGCCUUGCAGAUAUUAUUGAUAUAGAGGUGGUGAGGCUACUGAAAGAGAAUAACGACGCCUUGUUGAAGCCAUUGCGCCGAAGCUACCACGUUUCGUUGGACUACUGCAUUUUGGAUGAGCCGAUAACUGAAAAGGAAUUGGCGGAGUUGAAUGAUGUUAUUGGGAAAGUUAAUAUUUACGAGCGGUUCAAGGGGGUGAAGAAUUUACCACUGUUUCGACUCUCUCCCGAAGAGUUGGACUGGAAGACGAGUUUUGUGAAGGUCCAGAAUGGGAGACUGUUCUGUACCCUAGAUAUCGGAAAGGUUUCAUUCUUGUGACUGCAGAAGGGCAAAGCGAAAGCUUAUUUGGAUAUAUUUCAGGUUAGGGAUAUCGAUAAUAACAAGGUUCUGUACCAAUCGAUGAAGCGCAUGGUUCUACGGGCAAUGUUACGUUGAGGGCAUGCAAGUUACCUGGUAUUAACACAAAAGAGCACCACUAAAUAUUUCUUCUACAGUAUUGGAAGUGUUAUUGAAUCCCACACUAGUCACCGACAGAUUUCAGCUCGCGUCCGAUUGAGGAUAUUCUAUACCACUGGUUAUACGGUAUUUCGGUAUCGUGUCCUCCUCAACACGACGAUCUAAGCUCCUCUUUUGUAUAUAUAUUUCCAAUGAAAAGCACUUUCAGCUAACUAUAUCUACUA